UUCACAUGAAAUUGGAUAUUUACCUUGUUUCUGCUAUUUGGUUCCGCUUCAAAAUCUUGAAAACCAGUCUCUCUCUCUCUCUCUCUCCGGCCACUUAACCAAUCCCUAACGGACGCAACCUUCUCUCUUCAGCUCCUCUGCCGGAAUCCGCCAAUUUGGUUCUGAUCAUCUUCUCACAGUCACGGAUAGCCUUCCUUUUGGCCAAGGUGAUUGGUUGGUUAUCUAGAUCCUGGGAUCAUUUUGCAAGCCAAUAAUCUCAUGCAGCUUCAAGGGUGUUUGCUAGACAUUUGUUUAUUAACAUUCAGCAGCACAAGGUUGAGGUUUACACAAGUCAUGUAAUAUGGUGCGUUUUCUAAGUUAUUUUGCCUAUGGUUUGAUGCAGAAAUUCUUUGGCAAACGAUGUAAAAACGAUUACUUUAGAAACCAUUCUAAAAGUGCAAGUACCUAUCGAGUCCUUGAGUCAUUAAGUGGAAUGAAUGGAUCAUCGGAGAAGCCAAUAAAGUAUGUCCUUUGCACUGUGCUUAGCUCUUGUGCAAAAACGCUGAAUUGGCAUUUGGGUAUACAAAUCCAUGCAUACAUGAUUCGAUCUGGAUAUGAAGAUAAUCUGUUCCUUAGUAGUGCACUUGUUGAUUUCUAUGCAAAAUGCUUUGCUAUUCUGGAUGCAAGGAAGGUAUUUAGUGGCAUGAAAAUACAUGAUCAGGUUUCCUGGACUUCACUUAUUACUGGAUUCUCAAUAAAUAGACAAGGAAGAGAUGCCUUCUUGUUGUUCAAAGAGAUGUUAGGCACCCAAGUUACACCCAAUUGUUUUACUUUUGCUAGUGUCAUUAGUGCCUGUGUGGGGCAAAAUGGUGCCCUUGAACAUUGUUCAACUCUUCAUGCUCAUGUCAUCAAGCGGGGAUAUGAUACUAACAAUUUUGUAGUCAGCUCAUUAAUUGAUUGUUAUGCAAAUUGGGGACAAAUUGAUGACGCUGUAUUAUUAUUUUAUGAAACUAGUGAGAAGGAUACUGUUGUAUACAAUUCUAUGAUCUCUGGGUAUUCUCAAAAUUUGUACAGUGAAGAUGCAUUGAAACUGUUUGUAGAAAUGAGGAAAAAAAAUUUGAGUCCUACUGAUCAUACUUUAUGUACCAUUUUAAAUGCUUGCAGCAGCCUUGCAGUGCUCCUUCAAGGAAGACAAAUGCACUCUCUUGUUAUUAAAAUGGGUUCAGAAAGGAAUGUGUUUGUUGCCAGUGCUUUGAUUGAUAUGUAUUCAAAGGGUGGCAAUAUUGACGAGGCUCAAUGUGUGUUAGAUCAGACUUCUAAGAAGAAUAAUGUUUUGUGGACAUCCAUGAUCAUGGGUUAUGCUCAUUGUGGGAGAGGUUCUGAGGCUUUGGAACUUUUUGAUUGUCUAUUGACCAAGCAAGAGGUUAUUCCUGAUCAUAUCUGCUUUACGGCUGUCUUAACAGCUUGUAAUCAUGCAGGAUUUCUUGACAAAGGGGUGGAAUACUUCAACAAAAUGACAACAUAUUAUGGCUUGUCUCCCGAUAUAGAUCAAUAUGCUUGCUUGAUUGAUCUUUAUGCUAGAAAUGGAAAUUUAAGUAAGGCAAGGAAUUUGAUGGAAGAAAUGCCUUACGUUCCUAACUAUGUAAUCUGGAGUUCUUUCUUGAGUUCUUGUAAGAUUUAUGGAGAUGUAAAACUUGGGAGGGAGGCUGCUGAUCAACUUAUUAAGAUGGAACCAUGUAACGCAGCACCAUAUUUAACACUAGCACAUAUCUAUGCAAAAGAUGGUUUAUGGAAUGAAGUAGCUGAAGUCCGAAGGCUUAUACAACGAAAGAGAAUAAGAAAACCUGCAGGAUGGAGUUGGGUAGAGGUAGAUAAGAAGUUUCAUAUAUUUGCAGUUGAUGAUGUAACUCAUCAACGAUCAAAUGAAAUCUAUGCUGGGUUGGAAAAGAUUUACUCAGGAAUCAUAGAAGCAUCAUCUUAUGUAGUAGAGGAUAGCAUAAUUCUAGCAUAGAUCUACUUGCUUCCCUUAGAGUGCAUAUCUAUAACUUAGCACUUGAUGCUUAUCUAUUGGGUUACCUUUUUACUGUUGAUUUAACAGUGCAUGUGUCAUUUUACCCUUUUUGUCAACGUGUUUCAUCUUAUGUCUUAUUAAAUUUAUCACUUCAAGCGCCUCCUUUGGCUGAAAGUGACAGUGUCCAGAAGCCAGUGCUGUUUGAGCACAAGGUUAAGAAAAGGAGUGUGUUUGCUCUUGGACUUCUUGCUGUCAUGAUAAUUUCUCUUUUCUCUUCUCACACUUGGUCAGAUUGAUCCAACCAUGCUUCUUUAUAUGGCUAUAUAUAAAUUUGAAUUUUUCUUAAAAAAAUGAAUACAUUUUACCUACAUUGCCUUUCGAAAGCAUGUUUUCUUUUAAUGUUCUGUUGUGUUCUGCAUUACCAUUCCUCUCUCCUUCUUUUUGAUACAUGUAGAUGCACGAUACUGAUGGUGAGAUUUAAAAUGAAUUAACUCAUUUUCCUUAUGCAUUUGAUGCUAACCGGGUAAGUAUGGUAAGAAUUAAUGGAAAAUGUUGAUGAUAGAAAGUGUGGUUAGAACAUAGAAGCCAUAUUGUGAAUCUCAUGGAUUAGGUAGUCCUCUAUUCUUUUUCACUAUUCGAUUUAUAGAACAUAGCGAUCUGUACAACAAUGAAAUCUUUACUUUUCCAUGUUUCUUUUAGUGAUUGAUAAACUUUACGCAUUUCUUUUGAGUCAUUGUCAAACUUUCUUUGAUCUGUACUGAAUUUCGUCUAGGAUUUAUGUGUUGUAUAUGCUAUAGUUGAUAGGUGAUUGAAGGAAUGUUUGUCGGUCUAACUACUCAGAUUCAGUGUAAGUUGUUGUACUGUCAUCACAUCAAUUUAAAUAUAACUUAUUUCAUUUGAGUUAUUAGAACUUCGAUUUUGUUGUUUAUGAAUUGUGAUUUUGAUUUGCAUGUUUUGGACAUGUAGACUUUCUUUUAUCGUAAGGAGUUCUUUCAAUGUCUUUAAGUAGGUCCUGAGUCGGCUUUAUGUAGAUUCAUUCACUGAUUUAUAGUCCAAAAACUUUUAAGAUGCCAAAACACCUUGACAGUGUGUUGAAUUUUGAAUGUUGGAGCCAAAAUGUCUUCACAACAUGGCUUUGAGUAUCCAUCUCUAUUAAAGGCUUAGUUGUGUUGUUUAUCUUUAUGUCUGUGUUCAGGUUUUUGUUUUAAUUAUGGAUGGUGUAUGAAGUGAAUUCUUAUCCACAAGCUAAAUUGAUCAAGGAUAGUGACAAGGUUUAUGGCCUUUUUGGUCUUUUGUCUUCCAAUGAUUCACAUUUGGCUUAUAUCUUUUGACUUGUGUGUGCAUGUAUGUGACUAACUGACUAUGUUCUUUGAUGAUGAGAGUAGAUUCAAAUGAUGGUCUUUAGUGGCCUGUGAUAGGAACGUAUUAUGAUCAUAUACAUGGAUAUUUUCCUUUUCUUGAUAUAUUGAAGUUGUUUGGUUAUUUUUGAGAUUCUCUGUGACCUUCAUGUUCAAGUAACCAUGAUCUUGGUUUCUGGAAUAAAUGUUCUGCACAGUUAGUUCUCACAUAUUGUUAAUGUUUCUUUUGGUCAUAUUUCAUCAAAAGUUGUAGAAUAUUUAGAUACCGAUCUAUUUGUUCUGCUUCCCAAAAUCUAAUUGCUCUUCCGCAGUUCCCCUUAUUGGGUUAACUCGCAGCUUUUCUAUCUAUGUUAAAUCCUUUAUCUGUAGCUUAUAAAUUUUACAUUAUAUCUCUGUUUCAUGCUACAUUACUUCAAAAGCAAAGCCUUUCAUCCUACUUAUCUUUACUGCCUUGGUGAAAUCUGAAUGCAAAAUGUAUUGCUUUAUAUCACUUGAAUAUUUACUUUUUUGGUUCAGAUCUGUUACCUCAUGACCUACUUUGUUUGAGUAUAUUGUAUACCAUCUAACAUGUAGAUUUUCAUGAUCUACACCAUAUAGUAGUAGGUGUACAAUUGAUUUUGUCAACUUGAGAUCUACAUCACCCCAAAUCUCAAUAUUUUCUUAGUUUGCCAUUUUUGCAGGAAAGUGCUUAACUACCGAAUCCUAUCUUUAACGCGCAUGGUAUUUGUUAGUGGUAAUUGGCAUCCCUUGGCAGGAGAGCUCGAAUAUUAAUGUGAUUCUUAUUUUUUUAAUUUUGAAGGAUAACAAGGUUGUAAAGAAGUUACUGGAGCUAUUAUGAUAGGUUGGUCGUUGCCAUAAGGCACUGUUCGAACUAGCUAAAGAAUAUGUCAAUUCCCUUCAUCAUGAUUGAUAACAUUUGUAAACAUUUUUUUAAUACAGUUGUAAGCUUCUGAAUAGAUAGUGAUCAUUUGCUCUUUAUGCCCAA